UUCUGUUCUGUACAUAAAGAAAGGCAUCAGCCCCGGCUUGCGACCGCAAUUGUGAUUGCGAAAUUGGUAUCUCCUCUCCCGCUUGAGCGCAACCUACCACGGCCCCCGACCUUGGCACCUUGAACUCUCCGGCCUCACCGUCGUUGUUUCUGGCCGGAAAAGAAACAUAGCUCCGUCACCGUUGUUCUGGUUUCAGUCAUCAUCUUAGGCGUCAAUCCACUUGUCAUCCAACAAUUCCGUAGCCGUGCCGUCGUAGACUCGUCUCAGUCGUCGCUCAACUUGCCAGUGCCCACAAUGUGUUUGACAGAUUUCCUACUAAGUAAUAUUAAAAAUUUUGAUGCAUAGUCCGAGGACAACAGAUUAUCAUCUGAUACUAUGCUAACUACUGCCUGGGUUUAAGACAACCGUGGAGCUUGUUGCAUGUUGUUUGGCAUCUAAACAUCAACAACAUUUUGAUUAAACUGCAUUGAAAUAUGCAAAGACUUCAUUGCAUAGUAUUAACAUCAAUGACAAAGACAAAACCCUUUUUGAACCCAACCAAAUUUACCAGAACCCUCUCCUUCAAAACUCCCAAAAAUGGUGAUGAAGAGUGGAAUGAUGCAUGGGAAACAGCUUGGCUUCCGGAAGACCUAUCUCCAAAAAACAGAGCCCCCUGGGAAACAGAUGUCAACUUCAGCUCUAAUGAUUCCAACACCAACACCAUUGUUUUAGGCUCAGAUCUUGAUUCAGAGACCAAGGCCUUUGUAGAGGACAUGAAUGAGAACUGGGAUGAGAGGCAGAGCAGAACUAAACAAAAGGAGAGUAAAGCUGAUGGGAAUGGAAAUGAUAAACUUUACAGUUUGGAGAGUAUCAAGAAGGAUUACAGAUUGAAGAAACAGAGGAUUCAUGGUGGUUUGUGGUUGAAGGAGAUCGAGAAGCAAGAGGAGGCUAAGUUGGGUGGUGGUGCAGAUGACAUCGAUAGAUUGCUUGAUACCUGCUCUGAGAUUUUCGACACUGCCAAUGAUGAAUUAAAAAAUGAAAUGAUUUCAAACACUUCCGAGUUCAAAAACAAGUCUGAUGGUUGGGAAACAACCACGAAGGAACAUGAUGGAAAUGUAUGGGAGAUGUCACAAAGAGAAGAAGAUAUUCUCCUCCAAGAAUUUGACCGUCGAAUAGCAUUUUGCAAAUUUCAGAUAGCUAGUUUUAUUAAGACUCACAUAUUUAGUCGGAGGAGACCGAUAGAUGGGUGGAAAUACAUGAUAGAGGAGAUAGGGCCAAAUGCUAGGAAAGGAAAGGGUAGUGUUUCGAGGUUACCAAGCCUAUCCGAACCAUCAAUUCAACCAUUCAAGGAGGAGAAGAUGCCAAUUAACAACAGACUCACACCAUUGAGAGGAGGAUAGUUCAUUUCUUGCAUUUUCUCAGAUUUGUUAUUAUUAUAACUCUACUUUCCAUACAUUUAUAUAAACAUUGCUGUAGAUACAUUGAGCAAAAGCAUGAAAUCAGGCUUUUAUCUAUGUAUAAUGUAUGCCUAUGAGAAUUUGUAUACCUAAGAGUAAGACUCAAUAUGUAUGCGAAUUCUCUCAGAGAAUUUGUAUAACUACGAGUAAGACUCAACAUGUGUGUGAAUUCUCUCUGAAAGACCGGACUAUAAAGUGCAUAUCAUUUUCUCUA